UUCAUCAGUAUUCUUAACGUGUUCGCUGAGUUGAAACGAUUCUCGGGGACGGAGCCGCAAAGGAGGAGGGCAAGACUCCCGCAUCAUCUCUCCAUCACCACUACCGCGGUACCGGAGCUGAUUUUUAACGAGAGCAUCUGCGUUUUUUUUUAAGUCGUUUAUUUUAACAUGUGUCGAUUGUAUAUGCUGUCGGGUGUUUUGUGAACAGUGCCCGUUUGGUGGAUGUGGUCGUGGAUAAGGUGAAAACGAUGAUUUUGUCGGGUUUCCUCUUCCCCGCGUUAUGGGGACUGGCGCUCGGCGGAUCUCCAGGCGUCCAAAUCGGUGGCUUGUUCCCCAGAGGAGCAGAUCAAGAAUACAGCGCGUUUCGGAUUGGAAUGGAUCAGUUCAGCACGGCCGAAUUCCGCCUCACUCCUCACAUUGAUAACCUAGAUGUGGCCAACAGCUUCGCCAUAACGAAUUGCUUUUGCUCCCAGUUUUCCAGAGGAGUGUAUGCUAUUUUCGGCUUCUACGACAAGAAGUCAGUGAACACCAUCACGUCAUUCUGCGAGACGCUGCACGUGUCCUUCAUCACGCCCAGUUUUCCAGCCGAUGGGCUCAACCAGUUUGUUCUCCAGAUGAGACCUGAUAUCAAAGGUCCUCUCAUCAGCCUUGUGGAGUAUUACAAGUGGGAGAAGUUUGCCUAUCUGUACGACAGCGACAGAGGUCUCUCUACCCUGCAGGCAGUUCUGGAUACAGCAGCAGAGAGGAAAUGGCAGGUAACAGCCAUAAAUGUUGGGAACUUGAAAGAUGAGUGGAAAGACGAGGCAUAUCGCUCCCUUUUUCAAGACCUCGAGAACAAGAAAGAGAGGAGAGUGAUUUUAGACUGUGAACAGGACAAAGUCAAGGACAUUAUGGAACAGGUCAUUACGAUUGGUCGACACGUGAAAGGAUAUCAUUACAUCAUUGCCAAUUUCGGCUUUGUGGAUGGGGAUUUGUCCAAGAUUCAGUACGGGGGUGCGAAUGUAUCUGGAUUUCAAAUUGUGGAUUUUGAUGACCCGCUUGUUGCUAAAUUUGACCAGCGCUGGGAGGCGCUUGAGGAGAAGGAGUAUCCUGGAGCUGACAACAGAAUCAGGUACACUUCCGCUCUCACAUAUGAUGCUGUGCAAGUAAUGACAGAGGCCUUCCGCUUUCUGCAUAAACAAAGAAUUGACAUCAGUCGCCGUGGCAACAACGGAGACUGUCUGGCCAAUCCUGCGGUACCGUGGGCACAGGGGGUGGAGAUAGAGCGUGCUCUCAAACAGGUGCGUGUGGAUGGAUUGACAGGAAAUAUUCAGUUCGAUCAGUACGGCAGGAGGGUGAAUUACACAGUCAAUGUCAUGGAGCUGAAACAUAGUGGCCCUGUGAAGAUUGGUUACUGGAAUGAGGUGGACAAAAUGGCAGUCACAAAAUCUGACCUUUUCCCCAACGACACCAUGGGAAUGGAGAAUAAAACUGUUGUUGUGACAACAAUCUUGGAGGCACCGUACGUAAUGUUGAAAAAAAAUUCAGAGUUAUUCACCGACAAUGAACGUUAUGAGGGAUACUGUGUGGACCUGGCCGCUGAGAUUGCAAAGCAUUGUGGGUUUAAGUACCAGCUGAGGAUUGUGGCAGAUGGGAAAUAUGGUGCACGUGAUGCAGAGACCAAGAUCUGGAAUGGCAUGGUUGGGGAGCUGGUGUAUGGGAAAGCAGACAUCGCUGUUGCUCCUUUAACCAUCACUUUGGUCCGAGAGGAGGUGAUCGACUUCUCCAAACCUUUCAUGAGUCUGGGCAUAUCCAUUAUGAUCAAGAAACCGCAGAAAUCCAAACCAGGCGUCUUCUCUUUCCUGGACCCGUUGGCCUACGAGAUCUGGAUGUGCAUUGUAUUCGCCUACAUUGGAGUUAGCGUUGUGCUUUUCCUUGUUAGCCGCUUCAGCCCUUACGAGUGGCACACUGAGGAGUUUGAGGAUGGGCAGCUGGGCCCUAGCGAAUCAACAAACGAAUUUGGCAUCUUUAAUAGUCUGUGGUUUUCUCUGGGCGCUUUUAUGCAGCAGGGAUGCGAUAUUUCGCCAAGGUCUCUAUCUGGCCGUAUAGUUGGUGGUGUUUGGUGGUUUUUCACCCUCAUCAUCAUCUCUUCUUACACGGCUAACCUGGCUGCCUUCCUCACUGUGGAGAGGAUGGUUUCACCUAUUGAGAGUGCGGAAGAUCUGGCCAAACAGACUGAGAUUGCUUACGGGACACUGGAUGCAGGCUCCACCAAAGAGUUCUUUAGGAGAUCUAAGAUUGCUCUCUUUGACAAGAUGUGGCAGUACAUGAAGAGUGCGGAGCCUUCUGUAUUUGUCAAAAACACGGUGGAAGGCGUCCUGCGUGUCCGAAAGUCCAAAGGCAAAUACGCUUACCUUCUGGAGUCCACCAUGAACGAGUACAUCGAGCAGCGCAAGCCAUGUGACACCAUGAAGGUUGGAGGGAACCUUGACUCUAAAGGCUACGGCAUCGCUACACCCAAGGGAUCUGCUUUAAGAAACGCGGUAAACCUUGCAGUGCUAAAACUGAACGAGCAGGGGCUUCUGGAUAAAUUGAAAAACAAAUGGUGGUACGACAAAGGAGAGUGCGGCAGCGGAGGCGGGGAGUCAAAGGAGAAGACUAGCGCCCUCAGCCUGAGUAAUGUUGCGGGGGUCUUCUACAUACUGGUGGGCGGUCUCGGGCUGGCCAUGCUGGUCGCUCUGGUGGAGUUCUGCUACAAGUCUCGCGCAGAGGCCAAGCGCAUGAAGGUUGCCAAGACUCAGGCUCUAAAUCCCUCCUCUUCCUCGCAGAAUUCUCAGAAUUUUGCUACUUAUAAGGAAGGGUACAACUUCACAGAUGCCAUGCGCAGUAAGGCCAGGUUGUCUAUAACGGGCAGUACAGGGGAGAACGGACGAGUGCUGACUCCAGACUUCUCUAAAGCCGUCCACGCUGUGCCGUACCUGAGACCUGGCAUGGCAAUGCCUCUGAGUGUGAGCAAGCUGUCCUGAGUGCCUUACACACACACACACACACACACACACACACACACACAGCAAGCAUGCUAUACCUCCACUUUCAUACACAUCCACACGUGUACAUAUUCUUACACAUCUACACACACAGACACAAUACACAAUACAGUAUAUAUAAAUAUACAUAAUGAUACUUCAUAUACAGUGUAUCUCAUUGACAUACCAUCUACACACAGGAUGACAGAUCUAUACGUGCAGUUGAAAUAUUUAUGCAUUGACACAGUGCAUUCAUAUUUUGACCAACUUUCAUGCGUAGAACAAACAUUUGCAUACACGUUAACAUGCUGAUAGGAGCACACAUAUAAAAAGGUACACAGGCACAUCGCUGUGUGUACAUAUGCAGACGCAGAUAUCCACAUUCCAUGUUUCUUGUUGUAUAUGUUUUACCCCUACUUUUUUAAAACUUUUUUUUUUGCAUUUUUAUGUUCUGGUUUUGAAGGGACAUGCACACUACAACGUAAUACAAACACAUAAUAUUACCCAAUUUCACUCAAUAACAAACAAGCAGACACACUCAUUGCUUCAGUUUUCACCGACUUCACAUUGUAAGUGAUGAUCGCAAUGCUGCACAGAGGAUCAACGUUACACAUUGAAAAUAAUUCCUGUGGGAGGACCUCCACACCAUAACAACGUGUUUUUGGAAUCUCUGAUUCUAAAGAACUCAAGCACACUUGAAACAUCCGCAUCAAAUGUGAUUUUGUUUACUCAACAUGACGAUAUAUAAAAAAAAUGUUGGACUAGAAUUAUUUCUUGUUAUAUGAGCUAUGUAAUAUAAAUGAUGUAUAUAAUUAUACUUUCGUUAAUUUGAUGUUAACGUUACUAUUAAAAUGCUUGAUCAAAAGAAAAAAAGAAAUGAUUUAAGUAGCUUUGUUUUGUUUUCACUGGUUUGGUCUGUUGAAAUGUGAUGUUUGGGUCUUCUUUUGGAUCACUGUGUUUUGAUCCUGUUUUCUUCUUGCCAAUGGACAAUGCAAGUAGUAGUUUUAUAAUUCUAUCCUUUAUUUUAAAAAAGUUAAAGAUAUUUAACUUUCUGCAUUUUACAAUUUAGAUGGUAUAUUGAAAGUGUAAUAUUGAUUGAGAUGGACUUUACAUGAUUAUAUAUACAGUAUAAUACCAGAAAAUGCCAAAUAUUGAUAUCUGCCAAAAUAUGUCGAGGCAUUUUAGAUGCGUUUGUUUAUAUUGUGGGUCUGUAUGGGGAAGUGUAAAGACUGAAUAACAGCUCCCUAUAUUUAAGGGUUUGUUAUUUAUCUCAUUUGUUUUGCUUCUUUUUUUCUUUUAAUAUCAAACACAUUGUACUUUAAAUGAGGUGCACUACAAUAUGCAGUUUUAACCGUGAAACGCAUGUCAACCUUUAGUUAUCUUUGUUUUUAUAAAAGCGAUGAGUAUAUCACUAAUAUUAGUUAACUAGGACUUUUAUUUACGUAGUCCAGUUAUGACCUAAAGACUAAGAAACGGAGACGAUUAUUACAGAUAGAUAUAUUGAUAAAGUAUAUGCCGAUCACCCUUUUCUAUGCCAUGCUGUGUAGCUGAAAUAUUGUUCAUUAGUUUUAUAUGUAUAUGUAUUCUACAUGUAAAUAGGAUCCAUUCAUGUGUAUACCUUAAAUCUUGGAUGAAACACCAGUACACAGAGACGCACACAAGAGGAUUCCUCACAUUGUACAUUUGGGAACAUAUUCAAGUUUUCAGUGCAAAACUUGAGCGUAUUACCAAGCUGACUCUCGCAUAAACGGACUCAUCGCAAGCAUCAGUACAGUUGGAAAGUCUGCCGUGGGAUGAGGUGAAGGACAUUUUUCUAAAUGGAAUGUGAACCGAUUGCUUUAUUUUUUGGAAAUUUUUGAAAUAAAUAGAGACUGAGAAUCCUCUAA